AUGCACGAGUAUCGGUCCCCCGGAAAGGUGAACAAUACGGCGGACAUUCUGGAAUAUCUCGAUGAAGAGGGCUAUCUGUGCUUGGCUGGCCAGCCGGAUCAUGCCUUGGCUGUUUUACAUGUAGCCGAGACGUUUCGCUGGAGAGACCUGUAUCUUCAAGCCCUGGCACAUUGCGUGGGGAUAAGAGAGAGGCUUUCCCAUGGAGCCGAAUUUCAGCACAUCAGCUUCGCAACGAGGCAGCUUAUCCACGACAGCGAAAACGAGUUGAAGGCUCGCAUAGAAAAGGCGUCAGCAAUGCUGAACAACUUUCUUGACCAGGAGCUGUCGGAGACUCAAAUUGGCAUCCCCAUUGGCCUUCGAGCUCACCUGGAGCGUUUCAGAAGCUUCCUGCUUUCGUUUUACAGCACCAGACUGGGCUACUAUCCUCCGAGUUCAUUUAGUGGCUCGAUAUUCCGCGCCAUGGCGAGGGACUUUACAUCUCUGUACGGCCUCUUGGUUGACGAAGCAUACAGCUCGCAUAAAGCUCUGCCGUCGGUCGCCGUGGGCGGCAUCUGCACCUUGCAACUUGUCCAAUCUUUUGAUACGCACAGCGGGUUUGAGCCCAUGAAGCACCCGCUCCCCCGGCUCCCGCAAGUAGAUCAGCAAACUCGCAGCAGACGUGUGUCAUGGUUUCCGCGUGGCCCGAAACAACGGGCCGAUGAGCGCAAAUUGGAACACGCCGCUCUGGUCAAUGCGUCGAAUUGGAAAGAUGAUUCAUUCCAGAAUAGCUUGGUUCGCGCGUACAGGAAAUUUGAAGAGGACUGUGCAACAGGUUCAAAAAAGAUCGAUAAGCAUGAGAGGAUAUCGCUGGUAGAUGGACGCAAGGUUAGGUGGAUUUUGAUAUACGCAGUUCACCAGGUCCUGCAGUAUGCUACCCAGAGACCAGACGGUGUACAGGAUGAUUCAAAAGCGGAAUACUUGGUGUCUAUUGCAAAGGACACAUUACCACCAUGGCAGCAUGCGAACCGCACAGGGGGUUUAAUUCGCAGCCAGACCGAGCCAGCGUUGAAUCGUCUCACGGAGCUUCCUACCGUGGAGAGACCUCCCACUACUGAAAAGUUUGAGAUUAAACCAGAUAUCGACUAUUUUGCGCUAACUCACAAAGAGGACACGCCUCCGCCAAGAUCACGAAGGGCGUCUCUCCCACCAUCAGCUGAGGCUCCAGCAACAUUAUCGCGGACCAGCUCUUUCAAGCAGGUCUUGCGCCGGAGUUCCACGCUUCGCAAGUCGGUACGACGACUCAAACAGGGGGCCACGCCUGCAUCAGCUCCUCCCACCCCCGUCACGUCCAGCAAGCCUCUCUAUCACGAGAUUGUAGUCCAUGGGUAUGGCAACGGCACAAACGACGUCCAUGUAGAGACUCGAGCACAACCACCACCACCACCACCACCGCCACCACCGGCACCGUCGUCGUCGCCGCCACCACCAGCAGACGUCGGUAGGAGCGCAUCCACGGCAUCAGAAACAGGCUCAAGCAACAUCAGCACAGUACCCAGCUGCGCAAGUUCAACAGAAACGCCAGAAUCGUCACUCAACUCUCCCAUCCUGCCCGAUUCACCCGUCGACGUACCGCCCAAAACCCGCCGAUGGAGUCACCAAGAUAUAUCCCCUAGUCCCAGUCCAGCAGUAUCAUCCAACAUGCGCUCCAGACCCAACUCCCUCAAACGACGACCCAUCAGCUCCGCCCUGGAAGGGUAUAGCUUCGCCGCCAAGGCAUUCGGCCAGUUUGUCGACAACGAACGCCGUAGCAUCUUUGCAAACACGCGCCACAUGGCGACUGAUUUGAAGAGGAACACGUCCAUCCCGCAAAGUCGUUCGAUGCCACUGCCCAUUCGGGAGGAUGACAUUGAUGAGGAGCCGUACGUUUUGUCGCGAGACUCGAGUGAUUGGACGGCCAUGCAGGCUUUUCUCGAUGGGAAGUGUGCGGAUGGGGAUGCAGCGCAUGCGUGGGAGCAGUAUGCGGAUUUGGGGGGAUUGACUGAAGUUCGGUGA